GAUGUGGAUGAUGUAGAGAAUUUUUUAAUUUAAAUAACAUUUGGAUCGAUUUUUAUUCUUAGUCAGUUUUUAUUAAGCAAGGACAAGACAACGAUAUCACAAUGAGAAUUUUCUUAAUUGUUCUUUUAUAUGUGGCAACAGUAAGAGCCGUACCGAUUGGUGGUCUCCUCGGAAGUUUGACCAGCAGCGUGCCAAUUAUUGGCUCGACUGGAGGUUCGAGUGGAGGCGGUCUUCUUGGAGGUCUUACAAACAACUUACCGAUUGUUGGAACGGGUGGUGGCGGCUCGGGUGGUCUGCUCGCCGAAGUGACGCAAGCACUUCCUAUCGGCGGAGAUUCGGGACUUCUCGGAAAUCUUGUCGGUGAUGUGACAAAUAUCAUCGGAGAUCUGACAAAAAUUCUUCCAGUCGGUGAUCUUCUUGGUGGUAGCUCCGUUGCUGGCGGAACCGGAGGAGGACCUUUGGGCAAUUUAUUAACAGCCCCAUUUGCAGUCGGGAUGCUCUUCAUUACAGCACUCCUGCCAUCGAUACUUCCCUUCCUCAUUCCUGUAAUUGAAAGACUUGUACCAAUAGCCACUCAAAUUUUAACUCCCUUAGUCCCGCAAGUAGUUUCAAUUAUAACUCAAUGCGGCCCAGCGCUUUUCCCUAUUAUCAAGCCAUUUUUACCAUAUCUUGUACCACUUUACUUGCGAUUACUUCCGCAUUUUAUCGCUAUUGCACCAGAUAUGGUACCUUCAUUGUUACAAGCGUUGCUUGGAGUGCAAAAUUUGUUACCAGCUGCAUUGCCCGCACCGUAAAAGAAUAUUUCGGUUCACGUUGCUUAGAGUGUCAGGGCGAGGUGCAGCGUUAUGAGUAUUGGUAGCUCCAAUCAAAAAAAGUAAUUUCCCUUUGUCAGUGUUUUUGUAUUGUUUUUUUUUUUUGAAGUGAACAAUGAAUAAAUUAAAUACGAAACGCUCAAAGA